UACACUUUCAGAAAAAAAAGCUACAAAAGCUGUCACUGGGGCAGUACCUUUUCAAAAGGCACACCUUUGUACCUAAAGAGUCCAUAUUGGUACGUUAGAGGCUACAAAUUAGUACCUAAGGUGUGCAUAUUCGUAUAUAAAAGGCAAUUUUGAAAGGGUACCACCCCAGUGACAGCUUUUGAACCUUUUUUUAUGAGAGUGUAUAUGAACUUAGACACUGUUUCCCAUCAUCCACUGGAGGGUGCAGAAUCACACUGUCAAACACAUACCUCCAACCACUGAUAGAGCCACCACACCCAUGUCCACAUCGGCCAACUCUGUCUAAACCCCUGCUGUGUUACCUCUACAUUGAGUCAUGUCACUUACUUCAUCUUUAUGUUUUUGACCUUUUUUAUUUUUUCUUCUGUCACACAUACAUGAAACAAUCCCCUUUCUAAUUGUUCAGAGAUCUUCAGCUUGGCUUAAUGCAGUGCGGCUCUAAUAGGAUCGCUGGUAUUAACCACUGCCAGCUGGGGUGUGAUGGGGCAGAACGAAGAGAGACUGAGAGAGAGAGAGAAGGGUAGUGUGUUAGUGACUGGAAACGGUGAUGGGAUUUAGUAGUGACCAGCGGUGGAUUGACAAAUGCUUUUUCUUGGAGGGAGCUUCAUUACCACCAUUACUUCCUUCCUAAUUUACUUCUUCGUUCUCUGCAUGUCUGUUUCUUUUUGCCCCCUCGGGACGUCUCUGCUCUCAGGUCAGGGUGUAUAAACGUAUGGCUGAUUGAGCCAGCAGCAGACGAGGACGUCUCACCAUGGUGUUGGGUGCGGUGUGGAACCGCGUUAAAAAUGUGUGCCAACAGAAUGGCCUCCUCAUCCUGUCAGUGUUGGCUGUGGUUAUCGGAUGCCUGCUGGGCUUCUUUCUGCGCUCCAAACACCUCUCUGAGCAGGAGGUGAAGUACUUCCAGUUCCCGGGCGAGCUGCUGAUGCGGAUGUUGAAGAUGCUCAUCCUGCCUCUAGUGGUUUCCAGUUUGAUGUCUGGUUUGGCAGCACUGGAUGCUAAGUGCUCUAGUCGACUGGGAAUCAUGACAAUUUCUUAUUAUCUGUGGACGACGUUUGUGGCUGUAGUGGUGGGCAUCGUCAUGGUCAUCAUCAUCCACCCGGGUGGAGCUGCCCAGAAGGAGGAUGCGGAGGAUAGUGGGAAGCCCAUCAUGAGCUCAGCUGAUGCUCUACUUGACCUUAUCCGCAAUAUGUUCCCAGCCAACCUGGUCCAAGCAACUUUUCAGCAAUAUCGCACAAAGAGCAUCCCUAUCUUGAAGUCCAAACCCAGCAUUGGUCAGGACGUAUUAGACACCAGCACCAGACGGGUCUUCAUUUAUGGAAUCCAGGAUGACAAUGGCACAGACAUCCAGAACUUCUCCCUGGACCUGACGCCACCUCCGGAUGUGGUCUUCAGAACGCUUCCUGGCACCAGUGAGGGCAUGAAUGUCCUCGGUAUCGUGAUCUUCUCAGCUACUAUGGGAAUCAUGCUGGGAAGAAUGGGACCAAAUGGCAGCGCUCUUGUCAACUUCUGCCAGAGUCUGAAUGAAGCUGUGCUGAAAAUUGUGGCCAUUGUUAUAUGGUACUUCCCGUUUGGAAUUGUGUUUCUGGUGGCUGGAAAGAUCUUGGAAAUGGAUGACCCUUCAGCUAUGGGAAAGAAACUGGGCUUCUACGCUAUCACUGUGGUCAUGGGGCUGGUGCUUCACGGACUGUUCAUUCUGCCUUCCAUGUAUUUCUUCAUUACAAAAAAGAGCCCCAUCGUCUACAUCCGAGGGAUUUUACAGGCCCUGCUCAUCGCAUUAGCUACUGCUUCCAGCUCUGCCACGCUGCCUAUCACAUUUAAGUGCCUCCUGGAGAACAACCACAUCGACCGCCGCAUCAUUCGCUUCGUACUCCCUGUUGGCGCCACUAUCAACAUGGACGGCACUGCUCUAUAUGAGGCCGUGGCAGCCAUCUUUAUAGCUCAAGUCAACAACUACGAGCUAGACUUUGGGCAGAUCAUCACUAUCAGCAUCACGGCUACAGCAGCCAGUAUCGGUGCUGCUGGCAUUCCGCAGGCCGGCCUGGUAACCAUGGUGAUAGUGUUAACCUCAGUGGGACUUCCUACAGAUGACAUCACUCUUAUUAUUGCUGUGGACUGGGCCCUGGAUCGGUUCAGGACGAUGGUGAACGUGAUGGGUGAUGCUCUGGCCACAGGAAUCAUGGCACACAUAUGCAGAAAAGACUUUGUGAAGGAGGGCGAGGAGAUUCCUCUCAUCUGUGAGACCAAGCCCAUGAUCAACCUCCAGCAGAUGAUAUCCUAUCAGAAAAACGGCUGCUUUCAGCCCCCUCCGCCGGGCCCUAUAAGGAAACCCGAGCACCUGUCGCCCGACGUGGCCCGUCUCAUGCAGCUGGAGGAGGGCAUCAGGCCCCCUGACAGGAAGUCCCCUCAUCUGUCUCCACACCAUUACAAACAAGACUAUAAAGACAAAGACCACUGUACCAUUGACAUGAACGGUCUGGAGACCAAUGUCUAGACUCCUUCACAGACCAAGAGCCAUUCUCUUUCUUGAGUGCUGUUGUCAUCGUGUCCUUUCCCUGUGAUCCGCAGGAGAGAAGAACAACGCUCUUCAUGGACAGCUUGUCUGUUGAAUGUGGAUAAGUGUUGUUUUAUUUUGGUUUGUUGUACAUCAUAUGCUGCUGAGAUCUCUCUCUUUUUUCAUCUUCAGAAAGGUUCUUUUUAAAGCAUUCUCUGUUUAAGUUCUCUCUUUCAGUAACAGAGAGAGAAAUUGAGGGAAACUGUCCCCUGAAGAAGAUUAAACAAAUAUACAUUGGUCCCAAGAAGUUUUUGGACACUUGUAUUUGCUACAUAUAAAAAUGUCCAGAUGUCAGUGCAUUAGAUCAGAGGUUUCAGCCGUUACCUCAACCCCCAAAACCCCCUAACUAAAAAUGACUGUAUUUAUACAGUAUAUCUGGCUGUCAAGCAUUAGAAGGAUCAUGUGACACUACAGACUGGAGUAAUGAUGCUGAAAAUUCAGCUGUGCAUCGCAGGAAUAAAUUACAUUUUAUCAUGUUCCUCUGUUAGGACACCUGUGUGAAUUUAACGAGAACUGAUUUCACACAGUAAAAAAAUCGCUAAAACGCCGAAGUUAGUUUUGAGACAAGAUGUUUAAAGGGUUACUCUACUGCAAAAUGAAAAUGUUGACAUUAAUCACUUACCCCCAUGUCGUUCCAAACCCAUAAAAGCAUCAGUCUUCAG